CGAAGUCUGAAAGCUACCUUUUGGUGGAUUAGAGUUUAGAGGCAACGAGACCAAUAGAUCUUAGAUCCGCAACGACUAUUUAAGGAGCUCCCCGCCCAUGUAGCUCUUCUGCCUUACAUCUUCCAUCCAUCUCCUAUACUUUCCUCUUCUUCGUCCCUUCCAUUGUCAUCAGAAGCAGCGAAUCCCAGAGAACGAAAAUGGUGAAGAUCUGCUGCAUUGGUGCUGGAUAUGUCGGAGGCCCCACCAUGGCUGUGAUAGCACUGAAGUGCCCAGACAUUGAAGUGGCUGUGGUUGAUAUUUCUGCGCCUCGGAUCAACGCAUGGAACAGCGACCAGCUACCCAUCUAUGAGCCAGGCCUUGAUGAUGUAGUGAAGGAGUCCCGUGGCAGGAACCUCUUCUUUAGCACAGAUGUGGAGAAGUAUGUGAGGGAGGCAGACAUAGUCUUUGUUUCUGUCAAUACUCCUACCAAGACUCGAGGUCUUGGAGCAGGCAAAGCUGCAGAUUUGACUUACUGGGAGAGUGCCGCUCGCAUGAUUGCAGAUGUUUCAAAAUCUGACAAAAUAGUUGUGGAGAAAUCAACUGUCCCAGUGAAAACUGCUGAGGCUAUUGAAAAGAUUUUGACCCACAACAGCAAGGGAAUUAACUUCCAGAUCCUCUCAAACCCGGAAUUUCUUGCAGAGGGAACAGCCAUCCAAGACCUUUUUAAACCCGACAGGGUACUCAUCGGUGGUCGGGAGACCCCAGAAGGCAACAAGGCAGUCCAGGCACUCAAGGACGUCUAUGCCCGUUGGGUCCCUGAAGAUUGCAUCUUAACGACCAAUUUAUGGUCUGCCGAGCUAUCAAAACUGGCUGCCAAUGCAUUCUUGGCACAGAGGAUAUCUUCUGUCAAUGCCAUGUCAGCUCUCUGUGAAGCCACUGGAGCAGAUGUUACCCAGGUCUCAUAUGCUGUGGGUAAGGACACGAGGAUUGGUCCCAAAUUCUUGAACGCCAGUGUUGGCUUUGGCGGCUCAUGCUUCCAAAAGGACAUUCUGAACCUUGUUUACAUUUGCGAAUGCAAUGGCCUCCCUGAGGUGGCAGAAUACUGGAAGCAAGUAAUCAAGAUCAAUGACUACCAGAAGAGCCGUUUUGUCAACCGUGUUGUCGCGUCCAUGUUCAACACUGUGUCAAACAAGAAAAUCGCCAUUCUCGGAUUCGCUUUCAAGAAGGACACGGGCGACACUAGGGAGACCCCUGCAAUUGAUGUCUGCAAGGGACUGAUGGGCGACAAUGCUGUGUUGAGCAUCUACGACCCUCAGGUGAGCGAGGACCAGAUCCAAAGAGACCUGUCGAUGAACAAGUUUGACUGGGAUCACCCCCUUCACCUCCAGCCCAUGAGCCCAUCCAUGGUGAAGAAAGUUUCUGUAGUUUGGGAUGCGUACGAGGCAACCAAAGACGCUCACGGCCUGUGCAUCCUUACAGAGUGGGACGAAUUCAAGAACCUGGACUACACCAGGAUAUAUGAGAACAUGCAAAAACCUGCUUUUGUUUUUGACGGUAGGAAUGUGGUGAAUGCGGAGAAGCUGAGAGAGAUUGGGUUUAUCGUCUACUCAAUUGGCAAGCCAUUGGAUGCUUGGCUCAAGGACAUGCCCGCCGUUGCUUAGACGCACCCACCCACGCACCCACACACCUUAUAUACUAUAUAUGCUAUGCUCUAUUAGCUGAUAUUCUUUUUUUUUUAUUUUGAUUUUUCUUAUUUUAGUUUCAAUUUCAUAUCCUCCCCCAGUGGAGGAGGUUGUCUCUGUUGCACUCUACUGUCUAAGUUAAAAGCCCUACUCCUGUUUUGAUGGGCACUACAUUUUACCUGUUUGAACGAUUUAUUGAUAUCAAUAUACUCAUGUUUUUUUU